AUGUAUUGGAAUAUAUAGUGGAAAGAAACUCUACUUGACAUUUUGGCUUAUGUUAAAGAUAUAGAUGAACAAAUAUUUGGUGACAUAUUAGAAAUAUUAAGAAAGGAAAAAGUAAUAGAUUGCAUUGGAUAUCUUUCAGGUGAGGAAAAUCUUAGCCAUUUAUAAUAAUCAUUCUUACAACAAGGAGAGAAUAUGACACAUGAAAAGAAAUUGUAUGAUAUUAAUAAGUACAUGAAACUAAUUUCUGAUGUCCUAAAUAAAUUAAAAAAUCAUAACUUUAAUAAAAAAGACUAUUCUUAGGAAAAAAAUUAUACUUAUAUAAAGUUUCUAAUUACAAGAAUAAAAGUUUAUAGUUAGAUCAUCAAAUUUUUGUAAUUUUUAGUUCACCUCACAUCAAUAGAUAACUCUGUAAUUCAAUGUGGGUCGAAUUCAUUAUAUUUAUUAGUUUAGAUGAAGGUGGACCUUAGAAGCAAAAAUUUUGAAAACAUAAAAAUCUAAAAUACUUCGUUAGAAGGAUCUAAUUUUUUUAGGUGUAAUUUUAGUGGAUCCUUAUUUGACAAUGUAUAUAUAGGCGGAUUGAACUUAAAUGGAGCGGUAUUAUUGAAUUGUAACUGGAAAAACUUAAGAAUUCCGGAAUUAAAUUAAUUAGAUGGUCAUAGUGAUUAAGUUAGAUCAGUCUGUUUCUCUCCAGAUGGAAAUACAUUAGCUUCUGGUAGUUAUGAUAAGUCUAUCCGUCUAUGGGAUGUCAAAACAGGAUAAUAAAAAGCCAAAUUAGAUGGUCAUACUAGUGGUAUAUUGUCAGUCUGUUUCUCUCCUGAUGGAAAUACAUUAGCUUCUGGUAGUGUAGAUAAGUCUAUCCGUCUAUGGGAUGUCAAAACAGGAUAAUAAAAAGCCAAAUUAGAUGGUCAUACUCAUUAUGUCUACUCAGUCUGUUUCUCUCCUGAUGGAAAUACAUUAGCUUCUGGUAGUUAUGAUAACUCUAUCCGUCUAUGGGAUGUCAAAACAGGAUAAUAAAAAACCAAAUUAGAUGGUCAUGAUCAUUGGGUAACGUCAGUCUGUUUCUCUCCUGAUGGAAAUACAUUAGCUUCUGGUAGUGGUGAUAAGUCCAUCCGUUUAUGGGAUGUCAAAACAGGAUAAUAAAAAGCCAAAUUAGAAGGUUAUUAUGGUCGUAUCAACUCAGUUUGUUUCUCUCCUGAUGGAACUACAUUAGCAUCAGGUAGUGAGGAUAAGUCUAUCCGUCUAUGGGAUAUCAAAACAGAAUAACAAAAAGCCAAAUUAGAUGGUCAUACUCGUGGUAUAUUGUCAGUAUGCUUCUCUCCUGAUGGAAAUACAUUAGCUUCUGGUGGUUUUGAUAACUCUAUCCGUCUAUGGGAUGUCAAAACAGGAUAAUAAAAAGCCUAAUUAUAUGGUCAGUAUGAUUGCGUCUACUCAGUUUGUUUCUCUCCUGAUGGAAAUACAUUAGCUUCAGGUGUUUGGGAUUUCUCUAUACGUCUAUGGGAUGUCAAAACAGGAUAAUAAAAAGCCAAAUUAGAUGGUUAUCAUAGUUAUGUUAAAUCAGUCUGUUUCUCUCCUGAUGGAAAUACAUUAGCUUCUUGUAGUGAUAACUCUAUCUGUCUAAGGGAUGUCAAAACAGGAUAAUAAAAAGCAAAAUUAGAUGGUCAUAGUUAUGAGGUCUACUCAGUUUGUUUCUCUCCUGAUGGAAAUACAUUAGCUUCUGGUAGUGUAGAUAAGUCUAUCCGUUUAUGGGAUGUCAAAACAGGAUAAUAAAAAGCCAAAUUAGAUGGUCAUACUAGUAUUGUCUACUCAGUCUGUUUAUCUCCUGAUGGAAAUACAUUAGCCUCUGGUAGUGAUGAUAAGUCUAUCCAUCUAUGGGAUGUCAAAACAGGGUUAGAAAUUAAAUCCUCAGAUAAAAACUACAAAGAUCUUCUUGCAUUAUUUAAGAUUCCACUCCAAUAACAUAGCCAUAUUUCAGAAGGUAGUAUUAAUCUCCUAUCAUAUUUUUAGCCUCCAAUUACAUCACUACACUCCUUAUUUCCUAAUAGACAAUAUUUUAAGCAUAAGGAGCACUAAUUUUGAAAGGAGACUUUAUUAUCCAUUCAGGUAUUGAUUUAAAGACAUUAUUCAAAAAAAAAGGAAGUUGCUUUUUAGAAGACUUAUAGUAAAAGUGA